UUCUCGAAACAGUCGAGAACGGCAGAAAAUAAUUUUUUUUUAAAAAUUAAUUUUGUUUUUUUUAGAUAAAAAAAAAUUAUAAGGUAUUUUUAAUUACCUAUAAAAUUUCAGGCGAAACUGAAGUUUCACACAAUGAUGGAAAUUACUGUUUUCUUGGAAACUAUUUUUUUCUCAUUUUGAGAAAAUGGUGACUUUCAAUAAAAAGUAUUAAACAAUUUUUUUAUUUUAAUAAUGAUAUUUAUUUAAUUAAAUGUGCAAAAGUGGAAUUUGUUAAUAAAAAAAAAAAUUAACAGUAGAAUCAAGAAAGGAUGUCGAGCCUAUGGACGUCCUGAAUGAUUUCCGGUAAUCUUUCUAAUCAAAAAAAUCGAUUUCCUGAGUAGAAGAAUGGCAAGUCAGAGCAUAUGUACUUUCCUAUUGGUCACAAUACUUCCCUUAUGCAUUGCUCAUCCAAUGAUAAAAGAUCGAGAGGAGGAGAGAUUAUUGUGCGAAACUUGUGGCGAUGAUUGUGACAAAUGUAAAUUUGGCGUCACUUUUUCUUCACUGUGUGAAGUCUGGCAAUGUCAACGGGGUCCUGGUGAGAUAUGUGGUGGCCGUGGCGAUAAAUAUGGCGUCUGCGGAGAUGGUCUCUCCUGUCAUUGCAAUAAGUGCGUUGGCUGCAGUAUCGACUCGUUGGAUUGUUACGUUAACAAUUGUCUACCACGCACGGAAAUUCAACUCUCACAUCCAAAUCGCUUCAAUGAACUUAUUCUUGGGAAGUAACCAGGAUAUUAUUCUAAAAAACAACGCUAGGCAAAUUCAAAUUUCGUCUUAUUUAUUUCAUAUUUUAUUUAAUAAAAAAGAGAUCUCAUUAGUUAGACUGCUCGAAAAAUUGUGAUAAUUGUGUCCCAAAUCUCCCCCACCCUCUUGUGCAACAUUUAAAGCAAUUUCAUCAUUCAUUUAGCGAACUUUAAUUUCAAGUUUCAUUUUAGUUCAAUAUUAUGUAUAUUUUCUAAAUAUUAUAUACUUUCUGAGAUAUAUCAAAGUUUUUACAAUUUGUAAAUUAAAAUUUUUAUUUUCAAUUUUUAAAAUCUACAAUUUAACAUAUAAAUACAAUUUUGUGUUAAAAUUUUCUUUUUUUGGAAAAAAAACAACAAAAUUAAUUUUUAGCAUGUUAUUGUUUACUGUUUAUAAAAACAGUUGUAAAGAUUAAAUUAUGAUAUGACUCAGAAACAAAAUUGGUAGCUUAUAAAAAGUUUUGGCUGUGGCUAAACGUUGAUAAAUCGCGGCUAAUCCCGAUCAAAAAACUCCAUUUAAACUGAUUUGCAAAAAAAAUGUUGAUAAUUUAAUUAACGAAUCAGUUGAACUUUAGUUCAAACUCUAGAAGCUGAUAACCUUAUUAUUAAAAAUAAUGUUAUUGAAAUUUAUCAAAAAAUAAUUUAAUGGAAAUAUUUAAACGAGUUAUAAAAAUAAUUUCUGCUACCUUUUUAAAUCUAGCGCCAAAAGUAUAGUAACGCUAUUUAAUCUUCAUGAGCGAGGGAAAUUUAAAUGUGUACGCUUCGAUUUUUAUAUGAAUGUUAAUUAUUUUAAAUUAUUCUCUUAGAUUUUAAAUACAAUUUUAAUUGCUUAAUCAUAUAUAUAUAAUAUAUAUAAAGAAGGCAGAAAAGAGAGAGAAAGAGAAAGAUACCAACAAUAAGUAUCUUGGCGCGCACGACUAUAAAAAAAUUAUUAAAUUGAUAUAUUAAUUUUAAUAUUAAAUCAAGGACUAUUAAAACAAUUAAAUUAAGUGAUACUUACUUAAUAGGUUUAUUAUUAACCUCUUAACUGUGAUGACGAAGAUUUGACGGCCAAAAUCUUCGUCAUCAGCAGUUAAGGGGUUAAAUAAUAAUUACUUACUUAAUAAUUAAAUUAAUAUUAAUACUUAAUACUUAGUUAAUAAUUUAAAUAUUUAUAUUAUCGAUUAUAAUAUAUUAUAUAAAUAUUGACAUUAAAAUAUCAAAUUUAAAGAGCAAUAGAAUAAAAAUUUGUGAGAUACACUUAAUUUAAUUAAUUAAAUACAAUUUAAUUUUUGAAACAAAAAACAAUAUUCAACAUUGUGGUGUGCUGAGAAAUUCAGUAUUGCGUGCCUGAAAUUAUCAGCUCGCUAAAUACUCGUAUUUAUUUAUGUACUAGUCAGCCAGUGUGCAUUUAGAAGAGUUUUAAAUGUCUUAAUAAGAAGGAGAGGGUCAGAUAUUUUUGGAUAAUUUAUGUUAAGCAUUUAUUGUAUUUAAUUGUCAAAAUAAAAAAAAAGUGUUAAAA